UACGAAAGCGAAGGUUAGUUAGCUUGAGUGCUAAAUUCAUAUGUUGGGGCACUGACAUUGAGAACAACCACGCCAACCUGCUUUUGUUAUCGCUUAUAUAAGUAAAAGGACCCUCAUCAUGGUUUAUGGAAAGCGCCUUGCUGACAUCAGCUAUCGGGCUUUUUCUGCCUCGAUGAUGCUGCUGACCGCAUACGGAGGAUACCUGUGUGUCAUGCGAGGACACCGCUACAUGGAGAGGCAAAAACAGCUGAAACUGGCAGCAGAAAACCAGGAUCCUGAAGUCAUCAAAGACUGACGUCAGAUGGACUGAUCUCACCUUUGCACAGAUAUGGACAUUUUCCCAUUCCUCCUUUUUUGUCCAUCGCUGAAUCAUGAAGAUGUUUAUUCUUCUCUGGACGUUGGUGUGAUUUCAUUGUGUGGGUGUUGCGCCCUCACAAGGAAGAUUUUUUUUCAUUAUGAAAAUGUCAGCAAGGAAAUGAACCAAGAGCAUAUUAUAUGCAUCAGUGGUCUGUAUCAAAUCCAUGUUAUGAGUAGCACUGUUUCAGAAGUGAAGAUGGCUGUAAUUAUUUGUAUUAUAUUCUAUUAAAAUGCCUUUAACCACA